AUGGGCAUCCUCGCCUUCGUUGAGGAUAGGCCGACUCCCAAGGCGGUCUACAAUUGGCGCGUGUACACUGCAGCAGCUGUCGCAUCAUGGGCAUCAUGCAUGAUCGGGUACGAUUCUGCAUUCAUCGGCACGACGCUCGCGUUGCCAUCCUUUGUGAGCGAGUUCAAGUUCAACGAGAUGGACGCGGACAAGCUGGCGCUCACCAAGGCAAACAUCGUCUCGGUGUACCAGGCUGGUGCUUUCUUCGGAUCCUUUGGCGCUUACGCUUCCAGCUAUUACCUUGGACGGAGGUUGUCGCUCCUCGUCUGGUGCACAGUCUUCAUCCUUGGUGCCGGUCUGAUGUUGGGUGCGAACUCGGAGCGCGGUCUUGGUCUUAUCAUCGGUGGUCGCGUGUUGGCUGGUCUGGGUGUGGGUGGUGCGUCCAACAUGGUGCCUAUCUACAUCUCCGAGCUAUCGCCACCUGCGGUACGAGGAAGACUUGUCGGUAUCUACGAGCUCGGCUGGCAGAUAGGAGGACUUGUCGGCUUCUGGAUUAACUACGGCCUUCAAGAGACAAUGGAGCCUUCGCGCAAGCAAUGGCUCAUUCCCUUCGCCGUACAGCUUAUUCCCGCCGGCUGCCUCCUCAUCGGAACCUUUUGGAUGAAGGAAUCCCCUCGCUGGCUCUUCACCAAGGGCAAGCGCGAACAAGCCUUGGCGAACCUGUGCUGGAUCCGCAACCUGCCACCCACAGACCUCUACAUCGUCGAAGAAGUUGCCGCCAUCGACGCGCAGAUCGAGCACGACCGCAUCCACGUCGGUGCAGGUUUCUGGCGCCCCUUUGCCGCGCUCAAGCAGCGCAAGGUCCAAUGGCGCUUCUUCCUCGGUGGCAUGCUUUUCCUUUGGCAGAAUGGUUCAGGUAUCAAUGCCAUCAACUACUACUCCCCUACCGUCUUCAAAUCUAUCGGCAUCACGGGAACUAGCACCGGCUUCCUGACCACAGGCAUCUUCGGAGUAGUCAAGACUGUCGUCACUGUCAUCUGGCUCCUCUGGCUUAUCGACCGCCUCGGCCGCACCAAGCUCCUAAUGAUCGGUGCCGCAGGAGGUUCCAUUUGCAUGUGGAUCAUAGGCGCCUACAUCUGCGUCAAGGGUGCCGAUACCAGCAAUCCUGAUGCCAAGCUCUCUAGUGGCGGCAUCGCAGCCAUCUUUUUCUUCUACCUGUGGACAGCCUUCUACACGCCUUCCUGGAACGGCACCCCCUGGGUCAUUAACUCCGAGAUGUUCUCUCAGAACACGCGUUCGCUCGGACAGGCCUCCGCCGCCGCAAACAACUGGUUCUGGAACUUCAUCAUCUCGCGCUUCACCCCGCAGAUGUUCAACACCAUGGGCUACGGAGUGUACUUUUUCUUCGCCUCGCUCAUGAUACUGUCGAUUCCGUUUGUGUACUUCUUGAUUCCUGAGACCAAAUCUAUCCCGCUGGAGCACAUGGAUGAGCUAUUCGAGAUCAAGAACGUCAGGAAGGCGCACGGAGUCAUGAUGGAGAGGCUACUGAGGGAGGAGGAGGAGUUCAGGCAUGAUGCUGAGGGAGCAGGGCUCACUGUUGAGAAGACGAAGAACGAGCAGGUGGAGAGCGUUUAG